AUUAAGAUAGAAGCAAACCAUCCAUUUACAAAAGCACAAAAAUGAUACAGCAGGUUAUAAGAUCAUAUUUCUAAAGAACUACUUUGUAUUAUUUUUUUCUUGCAUUCAUAAAUUUUAAGGCGAUAGUACUUUGCUUUCUAUUUGACCAUGCUAUUCAAUAAGUGCCUAUUCUGGCUUUCGGCUUUGCUUGUAGGAAAUCACAUAAAGAGAGCAGUAAGGCUGUAGUAGAGUACAGACAUGGCAAGUUAACCAUGAAAAAUUGUGAAUUUAGCCUUCUGUGUGUUUUUGCAUAAUAAAAGCCUCAGAUUUUUAUUAUCCUUCCUUUAUUCUCUUCAUGCAAGGGCAUUCUCUUCUUACAGGCAUUACUUCUACGUCUUCAGCAUUUAUUAGGUAUUCUGAACUCCAGUAAGAACUUGGAAACAAAUACAGCUUUAUACUCUACUCUCAAGAUACAUGACUAAGGAGUUGUAACCUUCUCAAUAGGGCUGCUUUGUGGGCUUUCUGUCACAUAAAGAUGUGGAAGCUGAGAUGUUGCUUAGCCUUCCCGUUACCCAUUCUGUCUGCAGCUCUGUUGAAUUUUGUUAUAGAAGUACAGACUGCCUGUAACUUUCUUUCCAGAAUAUAUUCCACUAAUGAUAAAUCAUUUAAAAUGUUCCCACCUCCAAACUUACCUCUGACCCGAGAUUGUCACAAGGGAAUGAGAUCUCUUUUCCUAAUACUUGUUAAACUGUUUCGAUCCAAACUGGUUCAUCGGAGAGUAACACAGUAGAUUUUCUCCUUUUGGUCUGGUCGGUCAGGUAACAAAGAGUUGGAAGCAGAAUCCAAGUUUAAAUACAAAUGUGUGGCACACUGAGAAGCUUCUAUAGUUCAAGGACUUCUUUAAAAAGUCCUUUUACAAUCAUUUACUCAUUUAUUGACACCCGAAUAACAUCUUUGUUUGCAUUUCCCAGUAGUGAUCAAUACUUUAUUGCCUGCUCUUUCAUGAUGAAGGCCACGGAGGAUCAAGUUGUCCAAGAAGAACUAGGAUACCAUGAUGAUGAGGAAUCCUUUUUUCAGGAUAUCGACCUGCUACAGAAGCAUGGAAUUAACGUAGCAGAUAUUAAAAAACUGAAAUCAGUUGGGAUCUGCACUAUCAAGGGCAUCCAGAUGACCACAAGGCGGGCACUGUGCAAUGUGAAAGGGCUUUCAGAGGCCAAAGUGGACAAGAUUAAAGAAGCCGCAAACAAGCUUAUUGAACCAGGCUUCCUGACCGCCUUUGAGUACAGUGAAAAACGGAAGAUGGUAUUUCAUAUUACCACUGGCAGCCAGGAAUUUGAUAAACUUCUGGGUGGUGGGAUUGAAAGCAUGGCAAUCACCGAGGCCUUUGGAGAGUUCCGGACAGGCAAAACCCAGCUCUCUCACACCCUUUGUGUGACAGCUCAGCUUCCAGGACUGAACGGCUACACGGGUGGAAAGAUUAUCUUCAUUGAUACUGAAAACACUUUCCGACCGGACCGUCUGCGUGACAUUGCUGAUCGCUUCAAUCUUGACCACGAUGCGGUCCUUGACAACGUGCUGUACGCGCGUGCAUAUACCAGUGAGCAUCAGAUGGAAUUGCUUGACUAUGUAGCAGCCAAGUUCCAUGAGGAAGCUGGUAUCUUCAAGCUGUUGAUCAUUGACUCCAUAAUGGCACUUUUCCGUGUGGAUUUCAGUGGUCGUGGAGAGUUGGCUGAACGACAACAGAAACUGGCUCAGAUGCUGUCAAGGCUCCAAAAAAUAUCAGAAGAAUAUAAUGUGGCUGUGUUUGUGACCAACCAGAUGACUGCUGAUCCAGGAGCAACUAUGACCUUUCAGGCGGACCCAAAAAAGCCCAUUGGGGGCCACAUCCUCGCUCACGCUUCGACUACCAGGAUCAGCCUGAGGAAAGGGAGAGGGGAGCUGCGUAUUGCAAAGAUAUAUGACAGCCCCGAGAUGCCUGAAAACGAAGCCACAUUUGCAAUAACUGCUGGAGGGAUUGGAGAUGCCAAAGAAUAGGCAGAAAACUGAUGUAAAUGCACAGCUGAAAACCACCUGGGCAGUUGGGAU